CUCCGGACCCUUCUUCCUUCUUCUCAAUGUCGCGCGAAUUCACCCUGGGCACCUCUCUCUUCCUCCUCCAUCUCUGCACAUAGAUACCCCCUGCUUCCCUUCUUCUUCACUCCCAAUAGAGAAGAAAGUAUCUCUCAAAUCGAUAACCACAGUUCGCUAACUGUACAUGGAGUUCUUCUAUGAUCCAUUCCUAACGACAACGAUCUAUCACCUGAUGGACACUCCUGAUCAGGAUAUGGAGAAAACCCACAACCCACAGACAAGAGCAUACGUCAGAGACCGCAAGGCCAUGGCGGCAACUCCGGCGGAUGUGAAGGAUCUACCAGGUGCGUACGUUUUCCUGAUCGAUAUGCCGGGGAUCAAGAGCGGCGAGAUCAAAGUUGAGGUGGAAGAGGGGAACGUGCUGGUUGUGAGCGGGGAGAGGAAGCGAGGGGAGGAGAAGGAGGGUAAGUACUUGAGAAUGGAACGCCGGAUGGGGAAAUUUAUGAGAAAGUUUCCAUUGCCGGAGAAUGCCAACCUGGAUGCCAUCUCGGCGGUUUGCCGGGAAGGAGUGCUUACGGUGACGGUGGAGAAAAAGCCUCCCCCGGAGCCGAAGAAACCUAAGACCAUAGAGGUUAAAGUUGGUUGAGAUCUGGGGUGGAGAGGUUGGGGAUUGUGGAGAUUACCGUGUGUUUGAUGAAUGAUGGGAUGUUCCAGCGGUAUGAAGCUGGAGAUUUAGGGAUUUCGUAAACCCUAGACUAGUUUAUCUGUGUCUUCCUGUGUUUCUUGUGUGUGAAAGAUGGCAAAUGAGCGAUUUUUCUUGUGUU